AAAUCAAAAAAUUACCAAAAACUUCAACCCCAUUUCAAAACUUAAAAAAAAAAUCUAACUGCAAAAUCCAUCCUCAUAAAUAACCCCAUUUCUCUCCAUCCUCAUCAUCUUUCUCUUUCCCCAUUAAUGGCCUUCAAGUCCAGUUUACUAAUUUCCACCUUUUUCCUCCUCUUCUUCUUCUCCAUCACCACCACCACCGUCCGACUAUGCUCCGCCCAAAUCCCCGGAAACAAUCUCGACCGUCCUCAAUCCAACUCCGACUGCACCGGCCGUUGGAUCCAUAUCCGACGGCUCCCCCCGUCCUUCAACCUGGAUCUCCUCUCCGAUUGUUCUGGUUACCCUCUGUUCGACGACUUCUACCCUUACUUAGCCAACAAUGGCCUCGGCCAGAAAACCCAUAAUCUUUCUCACAGCUGGUAUCGAACCGACCCAUUAAUGAUGGAGCUUAUUUUCCACCGUCGGAUGCUUGAAUACCCAUGUCUCGCCUCAAAUCCCCAAUCUGCCGACGCUGUCUACCUCCCCUACUACGCUAGCAUCGAUGCCCUCCGUUAUCUCUACGGCCCCGAUUACAAUUCCAGCUCCGAGCAGGGCCUUAAUUUGUUAGAUUUUUUGACCCGGGACGACCCGGAUUCCUGGUAUAGACAUAUGGGUCAAGACCAUUUCUUUGUUUUGGCCCGACCCGCUAUGGAUUUCUCCCAGCCGUUGGGGAACGAUCCGCCGUUGUGGGGGACUUCGCUGCUCGAAUUACCGCAGUUUUUUAAUGUCACUGCUCUGACGGUGGAGGCGCGUGCCUGGCCAUGGCAGGAGCACGCUGUGCCUUAUCCGACGUCGUUUCAUCCGCCUAAUUUGUCCUUAUUGGAGAUGUGGUUGCAGCGGGCGAGGCGAUCUCGCCGCACCACGCUUAUGAUGUUCGCCGGCGGUGGCGGUGUCGGAAAUAAUCCGAACAUUAGGAGGAGUAUCAGGAACGAGUGCGAAAACAACACCAAAGCAAAUAAUGCGACGUCAAACAACAAUUUGGGGAGGUUUGGAAGUGGAGGUGUCGGGUACACAAAGCUGUGUGACAUUGUGGAUUGCUCCCAUGGGAUAUGUGAGCAUGACCCAAUUAGGUUCAUGAGGCCAAUGUUGCAGGCUAGUUUCUGCCUGCAACCUCCGGGUGACACCCCAACGAGGCGGUCCACAUUUGAUAGUAUUAUGGCCGGCUGCAUCCCCGUAUUCUUUGAGGACUCGUCCGCCAAAGCACAGUACGGGUGGCACUUGCCGGAGGAUCAAUAUGGGGAGUUCUCGGUGUUUAUACCGAAGGAGGACGUGGUGUUCAAGGAAACUAGGGUUUUGGAUGUGCUUAGGAGCAUUCCCAGGGCUAGAGUGAGGAGGAUGAGGGAGAAGGUGUUGGAGAUGAUACCAAGAGUUAUGUAUAGAAGGCAUGGGAGCUCAAUGGGAUUGAGAGCUAAGAAGGAUGCUUUUGAUCUUGCAAUUGAUGGUGUGAACAAGAUUAAAUCUAAGGUUCCAGUUCAACGUAGGGUUUUCCCUCAGUGACCCACUUGAAUUUUACUUUUUUUUUUUUUUUCCUUUCUUGGCAUUGAAGUCAUUGUAAGUAUUGAUUAUGUUGUACAUAUAUUUAGUUAUUUAUGCAAGUGUAGUGCCACUUGAUUAAAGUUAAAACACUACAUUUGGUUGAAGGAAAUAAAUUUAGAAUUUUGACAAAAGUCAGGAUUUAUAAA